UUAAGCGCGGACGAAAAGAUACAACUGCUCAAAUUCUGGAAGAAACUAAUAACGUAACCAUCGCUUCUGGCUCAUAUAUUAUUUCAAAUCACGGUCGUAAACGAAAGGCCGUCACUACCGAAAAUAAUAAUAAAAGGUUACGAAACAAGAGGCAUCCAAAUACCUUGGUUAUGAUGCACCCACCGCUUAGGAAAAAAAGGAAGAAACAAAAUCAAAUGAAGAAAACUGAAUUGGAGCUUCUAUCAACAAUACCUCCGCCUAUAUAUGGGGCUUCUGUUUAUAUUGACGAAGCCCCAUAUUAUCCUGAUUUUGAUAAAAGUACCAGCACCAUUAAAUCAAGUACUGCUCGUACUCCACUUCCAAUCAAGUGUUGGGCUUCAUUUUUUGACGAGACCUACGAUAAAGGUUACGACAUAUCAAACGAAGAAGACGUUAGAGGAGCGUUAAAGAAUAAUUUACUUGACAACCUCAAUAUAAUUACGGCAUCACGAAAACAAAUAGAUGUAUUCAAGAGGAUUUCAAAGGAAGAUAAAGUUGCCAGAGAACCCGAUUUCAUCUCAU